GCAUGGAAAAGGAAACCCUUCGCGUCCGCAGUGGAGGCUUAUGAAACGAGCCGCGGCACAUAUCGAGGUCACUCUGUGUGAGCACUUCCUUUGUCAACAGCCCGUGUCGACUUUAGCCGUCAACACAAAACAAGCAAACUAGGCUCAACUCAUCUUAUUUGCUCUCUAAUGUGACGCGCAUCACUAAGACUAGAUGUGAUUAAGCUGGAUGCAGACUGACUGAAACCCCUGUCAUCACACACCAGUACAUCCAUGUGUAUAAUUUUCUUCAAGUUUGACCCCCGCCCUGCAUCCAAAAAUGCCUACAGGCUAAUUUUGGCUGCAAACAGAGAUGAGUUGUUCACCCGGCCGUCCAAAGCUGCAGACUUCUGGGGGACAAACAAUGAGAUCCUCAGUGGCCUGGAUCUGGAGAACGGGAAGGAAGGAGGAUCAUGGCUGGGGAUCAGCAAGAGGGGCAAGCUGGCCGCCCUCACCAACUACAUGGAAGGACUACAGAGUCCUGAUGCACAAGGACGAGGCUUCCUUGUAUCUAACUACCUUAUGGAAAAGGACCUGGACAGUUACUCCUACUUGAAAAAGGUAUCGGCAGAAGGCAACCUAUACAAUGGCUUCAACCUCAUCACAGCAGACUUCAAAGCCAAACAAGACACUGUGUGUUACUAUGGAAACAGAGGCGGCCCUGAACCCAUUCAUCUAAAAUCAGCAGGAGUGUAUGGCCUGAGUAAUUCACUGCUGGACACUCCGUGGAAGAAACUGCUGAAGGGAAAGCGCCACUUCACCAGCGUUGUCAACAACCAGACCCUGUCCUCUGAAGGACUGGUGCAAGAGCUGCUCAACGUCCUCAAUAACGAGGAAUUGAACACACCUGACCCUGCUCAGGAGAGCCAGGGUGAGUGCUAUAGCAGGUCGAUGAUCGAGGCUCUGUCGGCGGUAUGUGUUAAAACACGUGAUUACGGCACAAGGACCAAUACAGUAAUCCUGAUCGACACGGAUGGCAACGUGACGUUCACAGAGCGCACCAUGCUCAAUUGUGACCCGAGCAAAUGGAGCACCAGUUCUUACCAGUUCCAACUGGAGGGGUGACGACAUGAUGGCGAGAACUCACUGCGUGCCUUUCUUCAUAACCACCAGUCCCACACAUCCAGCUGAUCUUCAGCAUCCCAGAUAAACGCCCAUUGUAUGUGAAAUGAAGGUCCAUUUGCACUUCUUCUUCUUCAGCUGUUUUUUAGCACCAGCCAUCAUAUUCAUUAAUUUUAUAUAUAUAUAUAUAUAUAUAUAUAUAUAUAUAUAUCUACAUACAUACAUACAUAUGUAUGUAUGUAUGUGUAUAUGUGUGUAUAUGUAUAUAUAUAUAUACAUAUAUGUGUGUAUAUACAUAUAUAUAUACACUUCUUGAUUUAAGUUCAAUCAAUCAUGCAUAUUUUGAACAAUGUAUUAUUCAUUUAAAAAAAAUUGCCAAAACUUUAUAGAGCAAAACACGUUUCUAAACGGCAGGGUUGAGUUGCAUUAAUAAGAAUAAUUUCCAUUAUGGGUUGCUGUGAUUGUCAAUCAGCAAGAUAAUUGAAUGUUGUUAAUUUAUUAUGCCUACACCUUGCACAGCUGUGGUCUCUGUGCGAGCUACAGCAAUAGUUUUAGGCACUGUGUCUCUGGACUGCUUCUAUGGUGAAGAAAUACAUUUAAAACCUUGAAAAAAAAAAAAACUAUUUACCCAGGCAGUUACUUUUGGUUCGUGAUGAUAUGAUUGUAGAGAAUGCAUAAACCCAACUGCCUGGAACCUAAUUUGAACUGGUAACCACACAUGUUCAUGCUACUGUCUGGUUAUUUCUGCAUUUUAUGCCUUUAAAAAAAAAAUAAAACAUCUGGCUCCUCCUUU